UUUUCAUGUGUUUAUUAAAAUGAAUUUGGAAGAUUUAAUUUAAUUUCUGUCUUUUUACUAGUUAAUUUUUUUAUUCUUUCGCAUUAAUUGAUUAAUUUAUCGUCAUCAUAAUUUGGAUUUCAAAUGGAGGAAGAGGAAAUCGUUAGUGAACCGGCACAGGGUAAAACUGGUCUGAUAUAUUUCAGUUAUAUUCCACCUGGAAUGGAUGUUAGAAGAAUUCGGGAAACAUUCAGUCAAUUUGGUGAAGUUGGGCGAAUCUAUCUCGAGAAAGAUUCUGCUACCAAAAAGCUUGGUAAAAAGACUAAAUUCCAUCGUUACUCUGAGGGUUGGUUGGAAUUUAAAAAGAAAAAAAUUGCCAAAAGAGUCGCUGAAAUGCUUAAUGGUCAACAGGUUGGUGGUAAACGAAAAAAUGUCUACUUUGAUUGUAUUUGGUCAAUCAAAUAUCUUCACAGAUUCAAAUGGCACCAUUUAAAGGAGACAAUUAUUCAAGAGAGAGUUUUGAAUGAGCAACGCUUACGUUUCGAGUUGGAUCAAGCUCGAAAAGAGACCAAUUUUUACCUUGAACAGUCUGAGAAACGGAAAAAGAGAAAGUCAGAUAAUUCCAAUGGAAUCAAUGAAAGUCAAAUGAUGGAAAGACAAAAAGAAACAGAUGAAACUAUUAGAAAUCAAAAGCAAACUCCGGAUGUUGAUCUUGACCUAUUGAAGCGUAUUUUCAAUUAGUUAAUCAUAUUCAGAGUAAUUAAGAAAAACCUUAUUCGAUUUAUGAUUAUUUCUACUCUUUUAUUCGUGAAUUUUGUGAGACUAUAUUCAAAACCAGUCUAACAUCCAAUUCGUUUAUCGUUUUAAUUAUUGGGUCAAGAUCAUUACCGAAAUUGCAAAACUUUUUCUCCGCUAUCGGAAGCAUAUAAGUGAUUCAAUUAUUAAGCCGUUAAACAUUUAAGGAGGAAAAGAGUUGAACAAUUAUAAUUAUUGUUCAUAUUCAGCUGAUAAUUUGUAAAUAUACGAUAAUAAAAAUACCGAUCGUUUUAUUUUUUGUAAUUAAA